AUGGCGAAAAAGAGUAGGCGUAGUACAAAGCAUAUGAUCCUCUUCUUCAGCGCCGAUAAUUCCUUGACUAACCAUGUCAAAUCCACAAAUUUCCAUCCAAACUGCACCCCCAGCUGCCCCCAGCAUUGGCGCGUCUGUGGCCCUGCACUCAAUUGCUCUCACCCAACAGUGCCCCAGGACAAGAAUGUGAAACAAGGCAGAGACCCCUCUCCAGAGGACUGGCGAGUACAUGGUCCUAUCCUGUUAGCCCAUGUUAGGUCCCUUGGAACGCAUGAAGAAAGGAGCCAAGGGAUCAAGGAGGUGGUUGGCUCUACGAUUUGGCAGGAACUCUUGACUUUACCUGUGUUGGAUCCACCAUAUGACACUGGACACACUGGUGCUGGUGCAGCUGCCCAUGCUGCCCCCACUCCUGGCCCAUCCACCCAGCAAACCCCCCCUGUUCCUGCCCAAAGCCAUGUUGGUGGUCCAUCUGCCCACCCACCCGCCAACGCAGGUCCAUCAUCCACCCAGCCUGCCACUCUUUCUCAUGCGAGCAUGGCUAGAUCUCCAUCAAUUGUCGAUCUGAAUGAUGACCUGAUGCCCUCACCAUCUGUGCCUAACCCUGCUAGAUAUCCCUCUGUCAUGCCUAGCUUGCCAUCCCAUGCAUCAGCCUUUUCACUGCGGCAGCCUGCCCAAACCAGGAUGCGACUUGAACAAAAGGCAGCUGGAGAGCUGGUAUCCUCGAUGGAGCGACUGUCUGUUAUCAGGGUGUCCAAGGAGGAUUCUCCGCUGUCCAUGGUCACCCCGAAAAAGGGCAAUGAUGGCAUCCGGCGGGUUGUAUUUAUUCAGAUCCCUGACCCACAGCUGCCCAGUAGCCCCACUAGGCUUGAUGCCACCUGGUGCUUGUACACUAUCAAGGACACAAGUCUGGCUCACCGGAUUAUGAGUGCAUGCCCAAACCUCAUAAAGCGCAACAAGCAGAAGAAGAAGAAGAAGAAUAACAAUAAUGAAUAUCUUGUAUACGAGUUUCUCCUCUUGGCGAUCACGAUGGCAGAGCGGGAGCAUGCCUUCAGUGUGAAAUUCAUCAGGUUUAAAGCAGCCCUCACGGCAAUCAUGGCUGGGCCUAGCUCCAAACUUUUCAGGAUGCUCUGCACGGCGGAUAUUGUCCUGGGUGCUACCAACUUUGCGAAUGAUGCAUCACAUCCUAUUAGGCUCUUACAUGACAGGAACAGGCUGGUACGAUACCUGAAUGGCAUGCGCGCCCUCACAGCGCAGGCUUUUGUCUAUCCAGAUCCCUUUCAGGUUCUGCAUCGCUGUGACAAGCUGCAACUGGCCGACAUGUUCUGCACCAUUGUCCCUGAAGCGCCUAAUGGUGUCGACCCCCCUGCUUGUAUGGUAUUUGACACCUUUGAGCAGCUGGUGUCCUUGAUUUCUGACUUCAAGAUUGAUCUCACUGGUUGCAUGAUCAAGCGGACAUACUCUGGGUUUAGCCAGCAUGUGCUGAAAAUGGACCCAGACGAGACUUUGAAUGAGUUCCUGGUACGCAUCCGCGACGCCAUGGAGGAGUCCGAUGAUAGCUGGGCAAGGAUGGUCAGUGAUGUGGCUAGACCACUCUGGUUUCUGCAGCCAAAGAUUGCGGAAGUCAAGGACAAAGGGGAGAUCCGCUGCUUGUUUGUGGGAGAGAAGUGGAUGUACUGCAUGUUCACAGAUUAUGUGAGUCCUGAAGAAGUGGACUACUGGAAGAUCGAUGGUUUGGCUCCGCUUUCAAAGAUUGUGCCGGGAAACAGACUCCUGGACCGGACGAAGGAGAUGAUCAGAGAUGAUCAGUAUUACGACAUCUUUGAUGUCACAGUGCCGAUGGAGGAGGCAGAAGAAGGCAUGAAUGAGCUGAAGGAUUUUGCUGGUGCAGUGUUGAAGAAGUUGAUCAAGUGGGAAGAAGACCAUGAAGAGGAUAUUGUGCCUGGCUCAAGGACCCGGGCAUCGCAGCUGCGGAUUUUUGCACGGCUUGACAUCUGCCUGAUACGGCAAGAUGGUGAGUUCCGUUUCUGGGUGAAUGAGGUGGAGGCUUGGUCAGGGGCAUCCAUGUUUGCCAACUUCUCUCAGAUGCAUAUCUCAGACUUGUGA